AUGCCCCCAAAAAAAGCUUCAUCAUCACGAGGUGUAAGCCUCGAAGAAAUUGUUGCAGCUGAGAAGAAGAAACAACAAGAGGAAAAGGAGAAGAUUGAAAGAGAAAAGAAAUUAUUGGCGGAACAACAAAAGAAGGAAAAGGAAGCAUUACAACAACAACAACGGAAGAAACAAGCAGCAAAUGCGAACAAAAGCAAGAGCACCCAAAAGCCUGCUUCACAACAACCAGCAGCUAAAGAUGCUUCCUAUGGUGAUGAUUUUCCAACACCAAAUCAACGACAACAAUCCUCGGUACAACAACAAGAAAAGCAGCAUCAGGAUAAGCAUCAUCCAUCUUCAUCAAAAGAAAUUCCAUCGGGAACAUCAAAAAUUUAUUUCCAACCAAGCAAGGAAUGCUUGGAUAUUGCUGAAAUUCUCACAAAUGAUGUGAUUGGAAAGGAGACAUCGGCAAAAUGUUUGGACAUUCCAAUUUUAAAUUAUUUCUCUAGUAUUUUGGCUUCUCAAAACGAUGUUGUAACAAGAAGAAAAGAAACUGAAGUGGUUGACGUAAUUUCUUCUUACUUGGUUCAUACCAAGGCUUCUAGCUCUAUGGAUGACGCAAAAGAAUUGGUUAGAGUUAUGCUUCAGACAUUGAAGGAUCGAGGACUUUUGAGAACAGAUAUUAAAGAAGAGGAGCAUGUCGUAUUGUUGGAAGAGGCUGUCAGCUUGGGUAAAAGAUUCGAAAAGGAGGUUUCUGAACAAGAAUCCAUGAUUGGUAAAACAGGUAUGGCCUCUGUUCAUCAACAAAUUGCUGAAUCAAACUGGAACGAUGAGUUGGAUUGGAAGCAAAAGGCAAUCAAGGAGAAAGAGAGAAAGAAAAAGGAAAAAGAAGAAGCUGUUGUCAAGCAAAAACAAAAAGAGUAUGAGGAGUUUUUGAAGAGAAGAGGUUUGAGCAAUCAGAGAGGAGUCAUCAAGGUUCACACAGCUGCCGAUUUCAAAGGUCCUAGAGAAAUUCGUGUCUCUGAUGUCACAGUUUCUGUAGGUAGCAAGACUCUCUUGUCUGGAACAGAUGUUGUUUUAUUAAACGGACGUAGAUAUGGUAUGAUUGGUAGAAACGGUGUUGGUAAAACGACGCUUUUGAGGCAUAUUGCCGAAAGAGAUUUCAAGGGAAUUCCACCAUAUUUGCAAAUUUUGCACAUUGAACAAGAAAUUAUUGGUGAUGACGUUUCUGCUCUCGAUACAGUUCUCAACUCAGAUGUGGAAAGACUAUCAUUGCUAAAGGAAGAAAAGAGACUUUUGGAAGAACCAUCAGAGGAUGCUGGACAAAAAUUAGCAGAAAUUUAUGAGCGAUUGGAUGAAAUUGAUGCUCACAGUGCUGAAGCAAGAGCAGCAGCUAUUCUUACUGGUUUACAAUUUACUCCUGAAAUGAUGCACAUGAAGACUAAAUCUCUAUCAGGAGGUUGGAGAAUGAGAGUUGCUCUUGCAAGAGCUUUGUUCGUCGAACCAGAUAUUUUACUAUUGGACGAACCUACAAACCACUUGGAUUUGUUUGCAGUCAUUUGGUUAGAAGAAUAUUUGAAGAAAUACGACAAGACUUUGGUGGUUGUGUCUCACGCUAAACGAUUCCUUAAUGCAGUCGUUACAGACAUUAUCCUUGUAAAAGAACAAAAACUUCAUUAUUAUAAGGGUGACUACGAUACUUUCGAAAAGACAAGACGAGAACAAUUAACCCAACAGCAAAGAACUCAUGAAGCUCAACAGAAACAACGUGCACACAUUCAAAAGUUUAUCGAUCGAUUCAGAUACAAGGCAGCCACUGCAAAGAUGGCACAGUCUCGUAUUAAGGUUUUAGAAAAGAUGGAUUUCACACCAGCAGUCAUUGAAGAUCCAUCCUUUAGUUUCACUUUUGACUCUCCAGAGCAAGAAAAUCCACCAUAUCUCCAAGCAGUAGAUGUGACAUUUGGCUACUCCAGAGACAAAAUUUUAUUCAAAAAGUUGAACUUUAACUUGGAUAUGGACUCUCGUAUUGCUUUGGUCGGACCAAACGGUACAGGUAAAUCCACCUUCUUGAACAUUUUGGCUGAGGAGCUCAAACCACUCGAAGGAACGGUCAAUGUGAAUAGAAAGAUUAGAAUUGCAAAAUUCAGUCAGCACCACAUGGAGCACUUGAAUCCUCAAAUGACACCUCUUGAACACAUGGCUUCCAUAUUUACAAGUGAAAAAGAACCAGGUUUAAGAGCACAAUUAUCCAAGCUUGGUAUUGUUGGAGAUUUAGCUUUGCAACCAAUUUACACCCUUUCUGGAGGUCAAAAAUCAAGAGUGGUCUUUGCAGAAAUUACAUUCAGAAAACCUCAUUUGCUCUUAUUGGACGAACCUAGCAACCACUUGGAUAUCGACACAGUUGACGCACUCAUUACAGCGCUCAAUGAAUAUAAUGGAGGUAUUUUGAUGGUGAGUCACGACGAGUAUUUGAUUACAUCUGUGUGUGAUGAAAUUUGGGUUUGCACAGGUAAAACAAUUUCCAAGUACAAUGGAGAUUUCUAUGACUAUAAGAAGGACGUCAUGAAAGAAAUUGCACAGACAGUUAUUUAA